AGCAAGGACCAUCUACCUAUCCUUCUUCUCUCUUUAUAUAAGUAGAUCUAGCUGUAAACAUGGCAGAUAGAAUCAAAGAAUUUCACUCCUUCAAGAAAACCAAGUCUGGAAAUAACUUCUUCCAUUCCGUCGCUGUGUGAAUACCAAUCUUCGCUCGUUGUUUUCGCUGUAUUGGGCGAUCUUAGUACAUUGUUUGCUAGAAUGACUUACUUGGUCUUGAGUUCAUGAGACAGGUCUUGUCCAGAAUCCAAGUUUCUUGAAUGAAUUUUACUGUUUGAUUGAAUUUCUGAUUUGGGUGACCGCCGGAUUUGGAAAAGGAAUAGAAGAGUUGCUGCAACGGUAGCAUUUCGUCCGUCGAAUGGAUAAUUUGGGAUGGGACAACCUGCAAACUGUUUCAAACAAGGUGAUCAUUCCUCCAUGUCUAUGGAGUUCUGAAAUCUGCAACAAUUCUACAGAAUCUGAUGUGAAAAUGGACCUCACCCAAGGUAUCUUCCACCCAAGUCUGAUGAUAGAAGGUAGUAAGGCCUACGGCACCUGUUCGAGUUCUGAUAGAGUAUGUGAAACGGUUGAGCGGUUGGCUCCAGCUCUAGAUUCGACAAACGGCAGCUCGAAUUUGAAUUUAUCUCAGAGUCAAGAUGCGAUGAGGCUAGUAGUGGAUACUUGGGGAGAAGCCUUGACUGCUCGGUUAUGUUCUUCAUCUCUGAUUGGGAAUCCUCUAAACGGUCUAGUGGCCGAUUUCAGCCAUUCUGAUGGUUCACAGGUCUUUAAUGACAUCGAAGAUGAAAAGAUCCGGUUUUCCACGGCAGAGUCCAUCGAAUCUCUCAACCGUUUGCUGCCUACGAUGAUCAGAGACACCGAGAGGACGGUGGAGGACAAUGGCAUUUCGGUGAUAUUCUCAAACCCCAACAAAUUGUGGAAUUCGAGCUGCUGUAAUGGUACUGUUUCAUCAGGAGAGUCUGAGAACAUGGGCUCUAACGAGAGCCGCAAAGAAUCGCACUGGCAGGUAAGCGAGCACGAUGAGGUGAUCUCGAAUCCGUUUGCCAUGACUGCCCAUCUUGGAUCUUCAAACACUAGGCCUAAUUCCAAGAGAAGCAAUGAAGAAGAAGAACAUGACCUGGAACACAACUAUCCUUAUUUUGACCUCUUUCAAUCAGAUGCUUCAACUACAGAGGUUGGUUUUCGGCUCAUCGCCGACAAUCUGCGGAAAUCCAAGAAAUCCAAGUCAGAAAAGCAUCAACAGCCAUUGGAGAUCAACUUUGGACAGCCAAAUUCUUCGGGGUCGUCGAUUGAAGAGACGGACACUGAGGCCAUGGCUCAUAUGAAGGAGAUGAUAUAUAGGGCAGCAGCAUUCAGGCCAGUGAAUUUAGGAGUGGAGGUGGUAGAGAAGCCAAAGAGGAAGAAUGUGAAGAUAUCAAGUGACCCACAGACAAUGGCAGCAAGGCAAAGGAGAGAGAGGAUAAGUGAUAGGAUAAGGGUAUUGCAGAGAUUGGUCCCUGGUGGUAGCAAGAUGGACACUGCAUCAAUGCUUGAUGAAGCUGCAAACUACCUCAAAUUCCUCAGGUCACAAGUCAAUGCCUUGGAAACUCUGGGCCACAAGCUUCAUUCCAUGAAUUGUACCACUUCCACUACAUUACCCUUCAAUACCCACCCUUUUCCCAUGCACAACUUUCUACCAUACCCAAAACCCUAAUCCACAAAAAUAAAAAAAAAAUAAAAAAACAAACAUGACCCCCUAUCAUUUUUCUUCAUCACUAGUUUUUCAAGUUUUAGUGAACCUAUUUUCUUUUUCUUUUUUUUUUUUCCUUGUGAUUAGAUAAUAGUUUCUUUUAUGUAAACCUUCUUCUCCACAGAUCUAGAAUCCUAGACCCAUGUCAUGGUCUUCAUCAUCAUUAACAUGUUUUACCAUGCAAAACCCAUAUCAUGUACUUCAUCAUUACCUUCUUUUAUGAGUUAGUGAUAUUUACACCCCAUGUUUUUUUAUACAUUCACUCCCCUUUUCCUACUAUCCAUACUUAAAACAGUCCACCUUUAGUACUACUCCAAGUUCCAAAGUAGACAAAUGGGGUGCACUCAUAUAAAAAGAAGGGGAUAUAAAUAUCACUUAAUCAUCUAUAUCAUCAUCAUCAUCAUCAUAGUACCAAUCUCUGAAGAGGAGAGAGAGAGAGAGAAAGAAGAAAAGCUUUUUCCCUGCAAAAAGGUUUGAUGAUUAUUGCAUCUAUGAUUAAGAUAAAAAGGUGUUAAAGUAAGUAAUUAUCACAUUCUCUUGUAUUUUUGUUUCUUGGGGAAUGAGCUCAUGUUCACAUCAUCUCUAAUUUUCUAAUAUAGGAUGUUUAGAUAACCAAUGCAAGAGACAUUCCCUUAGGGGCUGUGAGCCUAGGUCAGUUAUUUCUGUCACCUUGAUUCAACCCAAGCGUGCCCUUGGGACUCCCUCCCACAUGGUUAUGCCUAGCACGUGCAAUAAAGAAUAAGCGUAUUGGUCUAGUCACCUUUUUUCUUUUCAUUUUUUAAUAUUUUCUUAGGUGGUUGCA